CCUAUACAUAUGCGCCUGUAUAGAUACAUAGAUACAUACAUACAUGUACACGGCUCCGUCUAAUCACGCCGUUAAGUAAAGGUCACCGCCGUUUACCGCCGUGGGAUUGUAGCGAGGAAGAGAAGAAAGAACGCUAGAGAGACGCCAUCUGGUCCUUGGUAUCUUCUUGUGUUCUCUCGAUCUAACGAUUGGCAAAAACCCUAGGCUUUUCUCAGUAAUCCAUCGAUUGAUCGGCCUACAGCUGAAAUUCGUAUCUGGAGUUCGCGUGAUUUCGGGUGUUCUCGAUCGGGAAUCGUAGCUCGACGAUCUCUUCUCCGAUCGUCUGUGAUCGGGCGAUCAGAUUCAGAGAGAUAAGAAUCCGGUGGAAAUGAUGCAGAGGCGGAGUCCUCCGAAGCACAGGCACGAUGGUUCGUCGCCUCUUCCGCUCGGGAUGGAUUGGAGCCUUCCGCCGCGCAAAUGGAAUGGUAGAGAUACUGUCUGGCCUCAUGAUCCUCGGACAGGAUGGAAUUAUUGUGUCACAAUACCCUCAUGGGUUGUCCUUCCGAAGUCAAGAAAUUCCGAUCCUAUAGUGUUUUACAGGGUUCAGGUGGGUGUGCAAUCCCCUGAAGGUGUUACAACAACGCGAGGUGUUUUGAGGAGAUUUAAUGAUUUUCUUAAGCUAUUAGCCAAUCUCAAAAGAGAAUUUCCAAGAAAAAGUUUUCCGUCAGCUCCUCCCAAAGGGCUUAUGCGUAUGAAAAGCAGAGCAAUGUUAGAAGAGAGAAGGUGCUCUCUGGAGGAGUGGAUGACAAAGCUAUUAUCUGAUAUAGAUUUGUCGAGAAGUGUUAUAGUUGCGUCCUUUCUUGAAUUAGAAGCUGCUGCUAGGUCUGCAUGCCAAGACGUAGAUGAGAAUGCUUCUGACGCCAAUAAUGACACAAAUAGCACAAGUUCUUCACCACUAGUUCACCCGAACUUGAGUUUGUUUCAAGCUGGCGGCACUUCAUCGCUCACAUCUGACUACGGGAGCGAUACUGCUUACGAUACAUCUGAAUUUGGAUCACCAAGCAUGGGUCGGGAUGAUAUAUCUGAAAUUGGUACCGAAGAUCUAACUCUCGAUGAAGAUUUGACAAAGCCAAUAGAGAAGCUCGCAAGGUUUAGCAUGUCCAACAUCGAUGAGGGACUCUCUAUGGGACAAACUAUUCUGGAGCAACUUCAAGACUUUCCAAAGCACAAAGUCCGUUCAAGAUACGUCAAUAGUAACUUACCGAAGGACAUGUAUAACGGAAAUGCUUCUGAAUGUAUACUUCCUGCUAACUAUGGUUCACAGGUUUUCACUGAACCGGAAUCAAGUCACACAGUCUUGCAUGAUAGAAAGCUAUCUGCUGAAAGUGAUGACAUGCCCAUCACUUGUAUGCCAAGCUCGAGUAGCAACAGCCACUUGGACCUACAUGAAGUUUCCGGUGUUUCAGUUUCCUCCGGGAUUGUUGGUAACUCGGUAUUGCAGGGUGAUGCACAAAUCGUUCUUCCUAUGGAAUUGCUUAACAAAUUGAACAGGAUUAUGUUAACCAUGAAUCAAAGGCUCGCCAAUGCGAAAACAGAUAUGGAAGAACUUAUAGCAAGACUGAACCAAGAGAUAGCUGUCAAGGAUUACCUUAACAAAAAGGUUAAUGACUUGGAGGUGGAACUGGAAACUACGAAGCAAAGAAACAAAGAGAAUUUGGAGCAAGCUAUUAUGCUCGAGAGGGAGAGAUUUACCAAGAUGCAGUGGGACAUGGAAGAACUCAGACAAAAAUCUCUUGAGAUGGAAGUGAAGUUCAAGUCGAGAGAGGGUGGGAGCUCAAAUGCAGAGCCGACUGGAAACUCGACUAGCUCCGAGAGAUAUGAACUGUUACAAGACCUGGAUAUUACGAAACAGCAACUGGAGGAUCUGUCUAGGCGAUAUGAAGAACUGGAAGCAAAAUCAAAGUCCGAUAUCAAAGUUCUUGUGAAGGAAGUUAAAUCUCUGAGACGGUCCCAUCUCAAACUGGAAAAAGAUCUGAAUCAUUCUCUGACAGAAAAGUCCGAAGCCGAGAAACUCCUGCAAGAAGAAAGAAAAUCGCUAGAGAACGCAUUAGCGGCAAGAAAAAGGCUGCUUAAUGACUGCAGAAUUCUCCAUGACCGGCUCAAAGAGUACAACAUCAAUUUGUCAAUGGACGACGAACAAGGUAACUUCACAGAGGACUCGACUACCGUAGCAGAUGCGUUGCGAUUACUUUCAACUUCGGAUGAUCAAAUCGAAGAGGCACAGCUGCUUGCUGGGUUUGAUGAAACCACUGUUCAGAAUGUUGGUAACCCUCUCAGCAUCGGGGAUGAAACAAGAAUAGCGGAUGACGAUCUGAGGAAAGUACUCGCAGAUAUCUUCAUCGAGAAUGCCAAAUUGAGAAAACAGGUGAAUUCCAUCAUGCUCCGAGCUCUAAGAACAGAUCCAAAGACGAACUCAGCAAACGAGGAGGAAAAACCCGAGACGUCUGCUGAAACAUCUAAUAGAUAGAGAGCAGCACACGAAGACUGGCACACUGAGGAAUAAAACCUGCAAAACAAAUUGCAUUACGGAGCAUGAGAAGCAUUAGGAUCGUAUGAGAAGCGUCACUGCAUAACAGAAGAAUAUUCCUUUGGUCAUUAUGUACAAGCUGUGAAGGGGAGCUUUGGCGCCGUUGUCAAGGUGUUGCCGUUGUGAUCUAGAAGUCACGGGUUUGAGGUCUGGGAAACAACCUUGCAAAACACCCUUGUAGUGGGACCCCCGCUCAACGGGUAUACUUUGUGUUCCGGACUGCCCUUUAAUCAGCUUCUUCCUCUGUUCUUUCCCAUGUCUAUUCUUCAGUGUAUUGCUGAUAACAGUUGAAAGUUUUCUGUAAGAACGCGCUGUCUUUGUAGGACAAGCAGCUGAGUAUAUGUAAUAUAACAUUACCACUUAACCCACUGACC